ACGAAGCGGUUGUCUCGAUCCGGCGAACUCUAAACCCUCACUUACGAGAUCCAAAGUUACUUGUAGGCGCGAUCCAUCCGAAAGGACUGUGAAACAGAGUGCUAGAGUGUUGAUUUGAUGGCAUGCCUAUAGUAUAUCAAAUAAUUUAUGCGAACCAAUUUGGUGCGGCGGUGUGCGAGUGCUCUUGACUUUGUUUGGAGCCACUGCAAUUGAUGCAGCCCGAUGCAACUCGGCUGCUGUCUCUGACAUUUGAUCUUUGCAAAGAUCACAUCGCACUGAAUCACCUCGCACUGUGUGAAGAGGUCCGCGACCAUAUGGAAUAUAUUUUAGCACACCACCUACGGCGACAAUUAGUUUGUACAAUUUAAGACUCCGUCAACGACGACGCGGGCGAAGUUUUAAGCUCUCCAUCGAAACCCCCUCCCAAAUUCCCCGACGACAUUCCCCAGAGAGAACAAUCGGCGAAAUGUUGGCGCAAAUUAUCCCAACGCAUUCGCGACUUUUGGCCCUGGCUUUGUUCUGCUCAGCGAUAUUUUUGGCCAGUGAGGCGCAGAAUGCCAUCCAGGCAGCGAAUCCUGCCUCGCAGCUGAUGCAGAAGACGUCCUUCUCCUGCGCCGGUCGUCCUGCAGGCUACUAUGCGGACGUGGAGACGGGCUGCCAAAUGUACCACAUGUGCGAUGGCCUGGGGCGCCAGUUCAGCUACACGUGUCCCAACACCACCCUCUUCCAGCAGCGGAUGCUCAUCUGCGACCACUGGUACAUGGUGAACUGUUCCAAGGCGGAGAGCAACUACGCCGCCAAUCUCUUAAUUGGUCAGCGGGACAAGCCCUUUGUGAACGACGAGGAAAACAGUCUGCGGACUCCGAGACCCGACCUUCUGGACCGUCCUUAUGCACCCGACUAUUCAGGAGAGUCCUUUAGAAGCCAAUACAAGCAGCUGACUUCGAACCAGAAUCAGAUACGCGACGAAUCCUUCAAGGGUGCGGGUGCGGGCAAGCUGGAUCCCCAGGUAUCGCAGACGCGCUGGCGCAUUCCACCGCCCAGUAGGACGAUCCUGCCGCCGGCUUAUGAGCCUCAAAUCGAAUUGCCCAGCAGCACUCCCAAGCCCAAGAUAGCCACCACCACUCGAGCAACAGCCACGACCCGAGCCACAACCACCACUCGAGCCACAACCACCACUCGAGCCACGACCACCACCCGCGGCACCACCACCACCACAACCACCACCACUAGGAGACCAGUGGUGACCACCAAGCGCACAGAGGCCUUGCACAAUCGGCGUCCCAUUUUCCAGGCUUUGGAGCAGGACACGGACGAUCUGGGAACCAGCCACAGCACGCGGUACAACACCUCGGCGGACUUCAACUCUGCGGAGUCGCCAUUCCGUGGCACGAAGCAGUCCAGCACCAAGUUGACCAAGUUCGUCAAGCCCCCCUCGAAGAUCUACGAGCCGCCCUUUGUGUACCCCAUCUACAACCUGGAGGAGCCGCAGACCCAGAAUGGGGCAAUCUCCUCCACGCUUCGCACAUCCACGGCGGCUCCUUUCAGUCCGGGGCCCAGUCGCUCGGAGGUCAGCAGCACCACCCCAAGGCCCGUGAGCCGACCGACGACCUUGGCCGGCGUGCCCUUCUCCUUCGCCACACUGCCCACCACGGUAAGCACCGUGGCUAUUCCGCCACGGACCGACAAUCGGACUCCAGCUCCGGCUCAGAGCUUCCGUCUGGCCACGCCCACCAGCACUGCAGCACCACCAGCGGCGGCGGCACAGAUGCCCUUCAACGAUUUGCUGCCGCCGUUCGUGGACUUUGUGCCCCACGAUAUAGCCACCACCCAGGGGCCGCCCAUUUACUACGAGUGGAAAGUGCCCUCGAACGGCCUUGAGCCGCCCAAGUUGGACCCACCCAUUGGCGUGGAUGGUCGCGAAUAUCCCGAGACCACAGGAGACUACGGGGUCACCAGCAAGCAGGACAUAUUCAACACCCGGUUGAACGAUAUUGGUAGCCAGCAGAAGAAGCCCGUGCAGAUAUCCUCGCCUGCUCAGCAGUCCAGCACCACCCACCGACUGGCCAUCUCGAGAUCCAUCAAGCCCAAGGAUGAGGAGAAGCUGCAGCCGGAACAGGCCCAGCGCCGCUCCGACGUGGUGGCCAGCUCCACGGACAUAAGCCACCUGCGCAAGCAACUGCUCAUCCCGGAGUACGCCUUUCCCCUGGAAACCAUCGGGCGCACGGGCUACGGGCCCGGAGGAGGAGCGGCGGCCUCCGGCUUCAGCAAUGGGGAUCUGUACAACUCGUUCCAGCUGAAGAUUCCAGAGCAGCGCGCCAAGUGGUUCGGCGAGAACGCCAAGUGCCCGGAGUGCCAUCCCUCGUUCGUCCUGCCGGGCACCUGCGAGCCCUGCCUGCGCAGAUAGUCCCGCUCCCAUUUCCACUCCCGUCCGUCCCAUCGCCCAUUAGCCGCAUCCAUUAUCCGCAUCCUAGCCCUAGUAUUAGCCUCCGCUGAGAAGCCCCGGAGAGAAGCAACUACCACGCAUUUAGGUGUUAAUGUUAUUGUAUAUCCGCAGAUUAAUUAUUAAACUACACAAGUAUUUUUGUGAAUGAUGUA